AUGGGGUUCAGUUACCCCAUGGUCACGCCAGCCAACGGCCAGCCGAUCACCAGUCACGUGAGCGAGGCCACCAAACCUCAGCUGACUGCAGACUCACAGUCCGCAGAUCCCAGGUGCUUGCUGCUCUCUGGCGGCCGGAGCCGGGAGCCCGGGAGCCCGGGAGCCCGGGAACCCCGGGACCCGGGAAUCGCGCCGUCUCCGCUCCCGCGCGCCCAAGGGCACCAACGAGUGACCGAGAGGCUGGGGGAAAGGGCGGGAGGAAAGGGGACGCGGCGGAGGGGGAAAGGGGAAGCGGCCCGGGAGCGGCGCGGGAAGGGGCGAGGAGCUGACGGCGAGAAGAGAGGACGGUCGUGGGCACCCGCGGCGAGGCAGGGGUGGUUUGCCGCGGGGUCGGAGCGGGCGCCAGCGCCGAGAUCCCUCCGGACCCCGGAAUUGCCGCUCGCCGGGCUCGCGCUGCCCCUUCUCCCCGCGCGCGGGGCGCCCCCUCCCUCGGCGCCGGCCGCCCCCUCCUCCUUCCCGGCGCUGCCCCUCCUCCUGGGCGGCGUGCCGGGAGCCGCGGGAGGCGGCGGCAGCGGCGUGGUGGGCGCGGGCAGCGGCGAGGACAACCGUAGCUCCGCCGGGGAGCCGGGGGGCGUGGGCGCGGGCGGCGAGGUGAACGGCACGGCGGCCGUCGGGGGGCUGGUGGUGAGCGCGCAGGGCGUGGGCGUGGGCGUCUUCCUGGCCGCCUUCAUCCUCACCGCUGUGGCGGGCAACCUGCUGGUCAUCCUCUCGGUGGCCUGCAACCGCCACUUGCAGACGGUCACCAACUAUUUUAUCGUCAACCUGGCCGUGGCCGACCUGCUGCUGAGCGCCACAGUGCUGCCCUUUUCGGCCACCAUGGAGGUUCUGGGCUUCUGGGCCUUCGGCCGGGCCUUCUGCGACGUGUGGGCCGCUGUGGACGUGCUGUGCUGCACGGCCUCCAUCCUCAGCCUCUGUACCAUCUCCGUGGACCGGUACGUGGGCGUCCGCCACUCGCUCAAAUACCCCGCGAUCAUGACCGAGCGCAAGGCGGCCGCCAUCCUGGCCCUGCUCUGGGCCGUAGCCCUCGUGGUGUCCGUGGGGCCGCUGCUGGGCUGGAAGGAGCCCGUGCCCCCUGACGAGCGCUUCUGCGGCAUCACAGAGGAGGCAGGCUACGCCGUCUUCUCCUCGGUGUGCUCCUUCUACCUGCCCAUGGCCGUCAUCGUGGUCAUGUACUGUCGCGUGUACGUGGUAGCGCGGAGCACCACGCGCAGCCUCGAGGCGGGCGUCAAGCGAGAGCGCGGCAAGGCCUCGGAGGUGGUGCUGCGCAUCCACUGCCGCGGAGCCAGCACGGGCGCUGCCGACGGGGCGCACGGGCUGCGCAGCGCCAAGGGCCACACCUUCCGCAGCUCGCUGUCCGUGCGCCUGCUCAAGUUCUCCCGCGAGAAGAAGGCGGCCAAGACGCUGGCCAUCGUCGUGGGUGUCUUCGUGCUCUGCUGGUUCCCCUUCUUCUUCGUGCUGCCGCUUGGCUCCCUGUUCCCGCAGCUGAAGCCCUCGGAGGGGGUCUUCAAGGUCAUCUUCUGGCUCGGCUACUUCAACAGCUGCGUGAACCCGCUCAUCUACCCUUGCUCCAGCCGCGAGUUCAAGCGCGCCUUCCUCCGCCUGCUGCGCUGCCAGUGCCGGCGUCGCCGGCGCCGCCGUCCCCUCUGGCGCGUCUACGGCCACCACUGGCGGGGCUCGACCGGCGGCCCGCGCCCCGACUUUGCUCCCGGCCGCGACGCCGCGCCUCGCUCCCUGUUCCCGCAGCUGAAGCCCUCGGAGGGGGUCUUCAAGGUCAUCUUCUGGCUCGGCUACUUCAACAGCUGCGUGAACCCGCUCAUCUACCCUUGCUCCAGCCGCGAGUUCAAGCGCGCCUUCCUCCGCCUGCUGCGCUGCCAGUGCCGGCGUCGCCGGCGCCGCCGUCCCCUCUGGCGCGUCUACGGCCACCACUGGCGGGGCUCGACCGGCGGCCCGCGCCCCGACUUUGCUCCCGGCCGCGACGCCGCGCCUCCUGGAGCCCCGCUGGCCCUCACCGCGCCCUCGGCCCCCGGCUCCCCCGGCGCGCCCGAGGCGCAGGCGCCUGUCGCCGGUCGUCGGAAGCCGCCCUGCAACUUCCGCGAGUGGAGGCUGCUCGGGCCGUUCCGGAGACCCACCACCCAGCUGCGUGCCAAGGUCUCCAGCCUGUCGCACAAGAUCCGCGCCGGGAGCGCGCAGCGCGCGGAGGCCGCCAGCACCGUGCGGGCGGAGGUGGAGGCGGUGUCCCUGGGAGUCCCCCAGGACGUGGCCGAGGGCGCCACCUGCCAGGCCUACGAAUUAGCCGACUACGGCAACCUCCGGGAGACUGAUAUUUAA